AGGCUCUAAAAAGAUACGGUCGGGAUCCACCCAGAAGCUUGGACUGGCUCAGCCUGUCAGCAACCCACUGAGAGCCCAAGUCAGCCGCCCCCACCUCCUCCACAGCCCAGCGCUCCAAUGAGUGCUGGAGGGGCAUAGUAGAGAGUCGCUGACUGUCACUGGCUCUCUGCAGGCUGAAGACCGAGAACGGAGUGAUCAGCGGUCUUUGAUCGGUUCUCGGUCUUGAAGCCGGUGGGGGACAGCUGCAACUUGGAACGGCGCUGCAGCCAUCUAGUGACCCAUCAUGAUAAAACCACGUGCUCUGAUCAUCUCCAUGACUGAGUUUCACAGUCGGCCAGGUGGAAAAGGUAUGACAUUAGAUCCCCGUAAAGGUGCGAUGCGUGACACAAACCGCCUCUUUCAAAUUCUAUCCAGACUGGGUUUUGAGGUUACUUUGAGUAUUGAUGCCAGUGCCAGAGAGAUUCGGGAGAUCUAUCGAAAAGAGAGAGAAAUUCCUCAAGGGGACUGUUUCAUCAACAUCAUUUCCAGCCAUGGUGAGGAGGGAGUCAUUUAUGAUUUCCAUGGUGAGCAGGUGUACCUUAGAGACCUGUAUGACUUGCUGUCUCCAGAGAACUGCCCAGCACUGGCUGGGGUACCCAAACUGUUCUUUAUACAGGCAUGCAGAGGAAUGGCAUUGGACCAAGGUGUCUUCCUGGAGACUGAUGGCGCUCCACCACAAAUAAGUGCAUUCUCCCAUAUUGACUUCAUCCCGAGAGACACUGUGGUUGUGUUUGCCAGCAGUGAAGGUUAUGCUGCGUUCCAAAAUCCCCUGGGCUCCAUCUUCCUACAGACGCUCUGUAACAUGCUUGAUGGAAAGGAGAAGGACCUUGAAAUCACUCAGCUUCUUACUCGCCUUAAUCAUCUGGUGGCCUACAAUUUUGAAAGCAGAGGAACAUAUGGAGGCUACAAAGAGAUGCCGUGCUUCAUCACCAACCUCACCAGGGACCUGCACCCAUUCAAGAAGAGGGAAUAACCCACUUGUGUGCUUGUACAAUAAUUCUACACUGCCAUUUCUCAACUUUAGAGUUUACUUGCACAUUUGUAUUAAUGCCGAGCUGUAGCAAAAGGCACCAGACCUUACCAAAUUUCUGGAGAAAAUGCAGAAAUUUGAGACUUCUUUCUAGAAAACGCACACUAUGCCUGAAGAUGUGCCCUUUUGAGAUGAGAGAAAUCGCUCUCCAUGGUGGCCAAAUACACUACUGUCACAAUUCAGCAAAUGCUGAAAAGGUGCACACAAAAAGAACCAUGCAUUACUUGGUCGUAUGACUAUUUUGCACAUUUCACACUUUGUAGCCUAGUUCAGUGGUGGGCAAUACAUCAUAGUUGCUAAUCAAAUUGCAGAAUAACAAAGGCUGUUUUCAACUGAUCACUGUGAGUUAUUGCACACCAUUGUAUACAAGAUGUUCUUAGAUUGCAUUAGAACAUGGUUAAAACAUUUCAUGUAUCGUUCGACUGGACAAUGGCUUGACAAGACCUCUAUGUAUAUAGAGAUCUGUUCUGUAUUCUAUUCUAUUUAAUGUGUGCUUAAUAUUGUAAAGUGAACCUGUACUGGUAAACUUGUAAAUAGGAAGUCAUGUCCACUAGACACAAGCUGCCCAUUACCCGUAUAAGCAAGAAAGACCUUUAGUUAUGUUGUUAGGGACUGACUACAUGGCUAAGCAACUUGACAUUCCACUGUCCAAUGUAAUGGCCUCCAUCAGCAUUAGGGGAACUCUUCAUUGGACCGUGGGAUGACAGUUGGCAGAGCACAGUCAUAAAUUCAGGUUAGGCCCAAGUAACUACAACAGAGGAAGACAUGUUAGUGUGUGUGUGUGUGUGUGUGUGUGUGUGGGG